AUGCUAGACAAUAACAAGGGCAUCUUGGGAGUAACCUUGAGGCUAACCACCAUCUUCUCAAAAAUGCGACAAUUUUCAAGAUGUUUCAAUCGAUCAACGAAGUCAUUAUCCAGGAGGACGUCUUCUUUGGGUAGUUCUGAUCUGUUCGAGUACACUUUUGGACGCUUUUUAUUUAACGAAGAGCUGCACCGCGCCGAACGGCGCAUCCAAUUCGACGUGGGUGCUCUUGCAAGGGCCACCUGCCAUUCUGUCGGCCGCUGCAUCAAUAGCGGGGACUUUAACCGUGUCUUGAAAAUCACCUUCAAUGAUGGAUCUGCAGUUCUCGCAAGGCUGCCUUACAAGACGACUGUCCCUAAAUAUCAUACAGUGGCAAGUGAAGCUGCCACGCUCGUACUUCUGCGAGCUUAUGGGGUCCCGGUUCCUAAAGUCCUUGCGUAUUCUCUAGAUCAGACAAACCCCGUUGGAAAUGAAUACGUUAUAUUUGAAAGACUUGAAGGGACGCCCCUAAGCGACCAGCGGUUCUCUAUGGAUACCAAAACCCGAGUCAAUAUAAUGAGACAGAUUGCUGAUGUGGAGAGGCGAUUUAUGAGUAUCCACUUCCUAGUGAACGGAAGUCUUUAUUACCGACGUGAUCUUGAUAGCUCACAACGCGUUAUUCUAGUGUUGAAUGAUAUUGUCGUUAGCCUAGCUGCAUAA